AUGCAGUACCUAACAUUACGAUACUUCAAAAUAAUUCCCUGGGGUUUCAUAGAGAUGAGUAUCGGGGCCAUAGAUGCUUCGGACGAAGACGUCGCUACCGCGCCAAACAUCACGAAAAUCGGCAAAGAACAGGAAAAAGCUGAUGAUGAUGCUAAAGUCAGUUUCAUCUUAGACAUUGUCAGCAUUGUUCUUAUGAUCAUUCCGUUCGCUGGAGAGGUAGUCGAUGCGAUUGGUGGCGUGGCGAACGUUGCACGUGCGGCUUAUGUUGUCGGCGAGGCUGGCAACGCAGCUCUUUUGGUCUAUGAUAUUGUGAAGAAACCAUCUUCAGCUCCCUUCGCUAUCCUUGUUCUAGUCAUGGGGCCGAUGCCUUGGUUGUUGGCAAGGCUAGCAAGACGACUUUCACCAAAGCUGCCGCAUUCCGCACAGCGAUGA